AUGGCGACCGUCAAGCCCACACAUGAGUCCCACACUCAGACCAGACCAACACCUAGAGACCUACACCUGGAGACCUACACCUGGGACCUACACCUGGAGUCAUACACCAGACCUACACCUGGAACCUACACCUGGAGACCCUACACCUGGAGACCUACACCUGGGUCUACACCUGGAGACCACCUGGAGACCUACACCUGGGGACCUACACCUGGAGACCUACACCUGAGACAGACCUACACCUGGAGUCCUACACCUGGAGAGCCUACACCUGGACACCUACACCUGAAACCUACACCUGGAAACCUACGCCUGGAGACCUACGCCUGGAGACCUACACGGAGACCACCUGGAGACUACACCUGGAGACCUACACCUCAGAGACCAACACCUGAGCCUACCUAG